AUGAAGCAGAAAAAAAAGAAACUAAACAUCACAAUAAAGGCUCAGCGUCUUAUGACGGGUGGAAGUUGUCCAGUAACGAUACCUAAUGAUCCAGUCAUGGAUGCUAUGGAUGCCGCAACUCCAAACUUGGAUCUUGAAGUAUGGUAUCCAUAUGACAGUACCGCUGAAUUCGAAAAAGAAUAUAAUAUAAAAAGUGAUUCAGGGAAAAGGCAAAUAAUUAUAAGUGAUGAUGAGGAUGAUGCCGUGCCUGAUGUGCCUAAAAAAUUUGAUACUUCAAAACUCAUCAACACGAAGAUAAUAAAAUCUAAUUCAAAUGAUAUAGUAAAUAUAAGCAGAAACGUCAACAAUUCUAAAGUAGCUUUUCAGCCUGAUGUAGGCAAUGAACUUAAAAAUAUACGUGACGAAAAAGAGUUACGGUUGAUAAAACUUCGUGAAGGUAUUGAACAGCAACGGGAACUGUAUGCUAUAAAAUUGAAGGUUGCAGAUGCUGAAUUGAAAAUUACAUUGCUGAAACUUUCCUUAACAGAAGAGACAGUCCAACUGCAAUCUGAGGGAACUGUGAUUACAGAGUAAUCUUGUGAUAUUUAAUUAAGCUUUCAUAUGUUA